GAUUGUGACGUCAAUCCUAUAGCUAUUUGCAUGAAGAACGUUGUACAGCUCAUUUGAGUUAAAACUGAGUCUCACUUGAGAAGCGAUUGCGCGGGCACUGAGAAGUAUUACAGCGAGCGCUGAAAAUGGAGCUGCCCGCCGCGGGUGACCACGUCUUCGCGGUGGAAAGCAUCGAAAAGAAACGCAUUAGAAAGGGAAGGUUUGAGUACCUAGUCAAGUGGAGAGGCUGGUCUCCCAAAUAUAACACGUGGGAGCCAGAGGAAAAUAUUCUGGACCCGAGACUUCUCGUCGCUUUCCAAAACCGGGAAAGACAAGAACAGCUAAUGGGUUAUCGCAAACGAGGGCCAAAACCAAAACAUCUUCUCCUGCAGGUUCCAUCAUUUGCCCGAAGAUCCAGUGUUCUUACAGACCUUCAGGGUGUGUCUCAGGAUGAGGAUAACCAACCCAAAGCAACUUCAGACCUGGUCCAAAGCCAGCAAUACCAGCUUAACAGUAAGAAGCACCAUCCCUACCAGCCCAAACCAAAAGACAAGCAGGGAAAUGCACGAACAAAUGGGAAAAAGAAGCACUACUACCAGCUCAACAGCAAGAAACACCACCACUAUCAACCAAACCCUAAAAUGUAUGACUCCUUGUAUCAGAGGUUCAGAGAGACCAAAGUUCCUGAGUUGACUGACAAGGAAUGGAAUUUAUCUCCAGCUCUACAGCAUAAAUGGGUUCAAGAAAAGGAUUCUGGGUGCCUCAGUAAAGUGAGGAAUAUUACAAUGGAGUUGAAAAACCUUUCUAAACUAAACGGUAGCGAUGACUUAAACGUUACUGCAAACAAUGCAAAGGAGGACACAGCACCUGCCAAUGGAAUAAGCAGCAAACUGAAGAUUGUGAAGAACAAGAAUAAAAACGGGCGCAUUGUCAUUGUCAUGAGCAAGUACAUGGAAAAUGGCACACAGACCGCUAAAAUUAAGAAGGGAAUGGCUGAUGCUGAGAAAAAAAGGCAAGCACAGGACUGUAAGUCCUGUGGAACAGAGAAGAUAAAGCACACAAAGAAGCAAAGUCUUGUGAAAGUGAUAAAAAAGGACAGUAAAGCAGAGUCUGCUUGUUUGAGGAUUUCCAAUGGACUAUCAUCUUGUAGAGCGGACAAUCCUAAAAAAGCAUGCUCCGUAGUAUUUGAACCAAACAACUCAAAGAAGGCUGGCAGCACUGGAGAGCAUGCAUCUGAUGAACAACCCUUGAAACUGACAACCAAAACCAGUCUGACUCCAUUGCCUUUUGAGAUGAAUGAUCAAAGAGGCACCCAAUCUACCAAAAAUGGUCCCCAAACCUUCCCUCAAAAGCGUUGCUGCUCUGAGGCUGACAGUGGUAGAGGGGAGGCUAAGAUGUUCUUAAGUUCUCAGAGUAUAAGUGCUCCAAAUACUGACUUAUCUCACUCUUGCAAUGGCACCACAGACUUCAAUAACCAUAAGCACUCUGGCGGACAUGACUUUGAAAUCCUGGACUUCAACCAAGAUGAACCCAUAGACCUCAGCUGUGUAAGGUCGAGAGAAGAGAGAAACAUUUCUACACCUUCUCAGAUUGGAAACUAUAUAGCAACUGGGAAAGAAGUGGUGUCCACACCAGGACAAGUAGAGAUAGAAAUGAAAAAAUCUGUUCCAACCUUUACACCUUUUCUGGGGAAUAUAAUAAUCACUGAUGUCACAGCAAACUGCCUCACAGUGACAUUCAAGGAGUAUGUUAAGUUUAGGAAUAUAUGAUGGAUAUAAAGUCUAUAAAGACUACUGACUAUUUACUGUGAAUUUGUAAAAAAAUGUAAAGCAUGUUUAAUCAUCAAUCAUCAAGUCCUCAAACUUGCUGACUAUUUUGAAACAAUCUAGUGUAAAGUUUUGAUAGUUUCAGACUGCAUUCAAAAAAAUGAAUUGAUUUUCAAAUUCACACAUUUAACUAUUCCAUGUUAGGGAUAGAAAAAAUAAACUAAACAGGUUUUCCUGUUAAUAGCUUUCAUAUUAGCUCAAAGCUAUUUGAAGUGCCGUUAUUUCAGAAGGCUUAACUAUAAGGAUGAGCACUUACUACACAUGUAAUACUGGGAAAUGUUUUCUACUGAUCUGUAUUUUAUAGUCCUUGU